CCGCCAUGUUGUCGGUCGGGGAGCCGCCACGACUUAUUAAUCCUCUAGUAUAGGCCCAGUCUCGUUGUCAGGGGUGAGCGCAAGAGCGCUGGGGCCGUGAUAGCGAUUAGCAGCUCGUCAGAGAGCCGACCAGGGAGCUUGUAGCUUGCAGAUCGAAGUGGAGUGUUGAGGAUUGUGAAUCCUGGCUGCCGAGAUAUGACCCUGUCUGCUUCAGCGGCCUCUGCAGGACCAGAGGACCCCACAAGAGCCUGUCGCAGGUCUUCAACUGAGGAUCAAUGGAAAGCGCGGUUUUGGGAGUUCGUCGCCGUCCAGAUAUUAUGGAGGUUUCCUGGGGAGCAGAGACAGGUUGUUGCGUUGGAGAGAUCGAGAUUCCUGCUGCAACAGGAGAGGCUGACGAGGUGGCUAGCUGACCUGAAGAUAAGGGGUAGGCAGGUCUUUUCGGCUGUCGGCAGAUUUCUCAACGGAAAUUCUGGAGACCGACAAGGCUCGAUCGUAGGUGCCUUCGAGUGGUCCGCCCAAGCGAGGAUCGAAUUCAACUUCCAGUUUCGUUGCAGGGGGUCUGAGAAGGAAGCCGCCAGCGAGAUCUCCACUGAUGACCCCGGAGCGCGCGGCUUGUGGAGAUGGCAGAGUCGAUGUGACAGGGAGCGUUUUCGCAGCAGCUCACUGACGUCAGCGCCAGGUUCACGCCAAGCUCACAAAUUGAAAACUUCCAAAGCAGAGAAGAUGGUUGUUUUGUAUUUGUUCCAGGUUCUUGGCGAGGUCCUAGGGCAAGAACUUUCCAAUGCAGAGGUAUCGACGGGUUCUAUCGAAUAUGGUGCGUCGUAAAUGCCGAUGGCUGGAAGCUUUGGCCCGUGUCAAAUACGAGCCUUUAGUUUCCUUUCGAAAAAUAGGCUUGCAUGUGCGACGCAGAUUGGCGCUAACGGUAACUGGUGCAGCUGUCAUCCAACCAAGGUGUGAUCCAGGGUUACUACUGUGUAGGGGAGUUUGCACCAAUAUGGGUUCAGACUGAAGCCAGACAAAGAGGCCUGAUCAAACGGGGAAACACGACGAGAGGGAGUCGGUGUAGGUAUAGCGCUUCGUGGAGCUACAGACGGCAGGAGUGUUUC